CCCCAUGGAGGAUUUAUACCUGGUGGAAAGGAAGCCGGAACGAACGAGAGAAAAAAGAAUAAACUGGCCAUUGAAUAUUGAAUGUUGAAUAUAAUCUCGAACGCCCUUCGCUCGCUAAAAGGUAGAGAGAGGUAUAACUGGAUCUCGCUCGACCGAAACCGAUUCUAGAAUAUCAUAUUAAUCGAACCAAGAAAGAGUACUCGACCAAAUAAAUUCUGUAUGUAUUUACCUAUUUGUGUUUUUGGAUUCUCGGUAUUUGUGAGUAAUAACUCCCCCAAAUUUCGAUCGAUAUUAUCGCUUCGAAAUCGCCUUAUCAUCGAUCGAAAAAACCGGCAAUUUCCAGCUAAAAAUAAUUAUAAAUUCGCCGGAGAUGCAGCGAGUUUAUGCGAGAAAAUGGAUUUAGUAGCUCGACAGAGAUCCAUCGAGUACCAUCGAGGAGUACCCGACGAUUGUUUAUUUUACUUCACCUGCGGUUCGGGGAUUUCGAAUUUCGCUCGAGAUUGAGAUAAUGACUGAACCUUAUCAAAUGGAAACACCUCGGGGAUAACAAUGGAAGUGAUUCCGACGGAAUUGUGAGAAUUUAUCUGCUCGAUUAUGUGCAAAUGUUGCCAGAGGUGCUGGGAGUCCUGCUGGUGGAACCUCGUCGAAGAGCGCUUCUGCUUCGACGAGACCAUCGCCAACUACGAGGAACCCAUCGUGAAAGACGCCGAGAAAAACAACAAUUUCUGCGAGAACAUGGCCUUCUACGACAGCGUGUCGGUGAUCGCCGGACGGGCCAUCGUCACCAUCGAGCCCCUGCCCGAAAAGAAGAAGAAACAGCCCCCCGAUUAUCAAUCGGGGCUCCCCCGACAGAGGGCUCUCGCCAAGAGCAAGAGCCAGAGCUCCGUAGCGGGAGCGCCCGACCUGGUGCUCGUCACCGACGAGGACGACAUCGGGCUUUCGUGCAAGUGGAAGGAGGACGAUUGCCCGGCGAUUAAGAACCGCCCGUCGCCGAUCAAAAAAACCGUCAGCUUCGGCGACAUCACCGCCGACAAAUCCACCACCCCCAAACCCAUCGCCGAAAUCACAUCGACCUCCACCAGCGACGUCCUAUCGCCCCCAUCGAACGUGGAACUCCGCAGGAAAUCUCUGAGCGAACGCCGGCAAUCGCGCAGCCUCCACCUGCGCAUCGACCAGCCCAAGGAGGUGCCCAUCAUCCGGCAGAGCUCCGUGCCCAAGUUCUUCCUCGACACGCCGGACGCCUUGCAGGCGGAGUCGUCGCUGGUGCGGGCGCCGCUGACGUCGCUGCAGAGCCCCAGGAUAUGCGGGGACGGGUUCUGCUACGAUUUGAAGUCGGUGGUGCAGAUCGAGCGGAUGCUCGAGAGCGAGAAGGGGCGCAGGAGGGAGGCCGUGCCCCAGGUGCAUAGGGAGUCUUCGACGGGGAAGUUGAGUAGUAUUAUUAAGUUGAAGAAGAGCAAGAGUAGCGCUGGGAAUUUGCCGCAUAGUAAUUAUAUUUAGUGAUUUUUAAAUGUGUUAGGGAUUUUUUAUGUGGUGACUUGAAGUUGGUAUGCGCGUUGUGAUGGGUGUCAAUUGUAUGUACAGUAACUUGCCGAAAUACUUGAUAGGUUUUAAUUGGUUUUAAAUUUGUUAAAUUGGACUUGAAUAUUGUGUGUAUUUGUAAUUAAAAUUCCGAUAUUUUGUUACUAGUUUUAGUAAGAAUGUUGGAGUUUUAGGACGUUGUUAAUUUUUUAUAUAUUCGAUAGAAAUAUUGAGGUUUUAAUAUUUUUAUAGUUGUAAAUAAAUGGUACUUAACGCUUGAGUUACCUAGCUCAAAAGUACAAUUAAAAU